GCUUGUGGUGGUUAUUGUUGAUGGUGAAGUUGUAGUAGCACUGGUGGUCGAAACGGUGCCAUUGGAGCUUGUGGUGAUUGUGGUUGUUCCCGAAGCCGUAGACGCACUCGUGGUCGACACAGUACUAUUGGAGCUUGUAGUAGAUUCUGUACUAGUGGUGGAACCUGGAGUGACAAUACUAGAUGACGUCGUCGUAACAGUAGAGCUCUCACUAGUAGUGACGGAGCUACUAGUGCUGGCGGCACUAGAAGUACUAAUAGUACUAGUAGGAUCGCCGCUGCUGGUGGUGGCAGUAGUGCUGGACGUGUCCGGAGUGCUAGUAGAUGCUUGAGAGGACGUCGAUUCACUUGUAGAUCCACUACUUGUUGAAGUGGAUACCGGAGACGUAGUACUUAUGAUAGAGCUGUCGGAUGUUGUUGAGGUGGUUGACGAGGUCGAUAGGCCCGAGGUAGAAGAGGUGCUUGAGGUGCUUGGUACGGUUGUGAUUACGGUUGUGGUUGUGGUUGUGGUUCCGAUCGUGCUCGGGCCGGUAGACGUGGUAACCUUAGUGGUAGUGCUGGUUGAGGUCGGUUUCGUCGUCGUCUUCGUGGUCGAGGUAUGCUUGGUGCUCGUGGUCUUGGUGGUCGAGGUAUGCUUGGUGCUCGUGGUCUUGGUGGUCGAGGUAUGCUUGGUGCUCGUGGUCUUGGUGGUCGAGGUAUGCUUGGUGCUGCUCGUGGAUGAAGUUGGUUUGGUCGUUGUCUUGGUGCUCGAGGUAUGCUUGGUGGUAGACUUAGCCGUGAUAGUCGAUUUGGCCGUGGUGGUAGACUUCUUGGCCGUGGUCGUGGACUUCUUGGUAGUGGUAGUUUUGGCCGUUGUGGUAGACUUGGUCGUAGUGGUAGACUUCUUGGUGGUGGUAGAUUUCUUAGUGGUGGUAGACUUGGCCGUGGUAGUAGACUUAGCCGUAGUGACCGGCUUCGUCGUGGUGGUAGAUUUCUUGGUGGUGGUGGUGGUACCUUUACUUGUGCUUUUGCCUGUGGUGGUCGACUUGGCUGUGGUGGUGGUACCUUUGCUUGUGCUUUUGCCUGUGGUGGUAGACUUGGCUGUGGUAGUGGUACCUUUGCUCGUGGUCUUGGCUGUAGUCGUACUUCUGGCUGUGGUGGUAGUCUUUUUCGACGUGCUCGUGCUCUUAGCUGUGGUCGUGGUUUUCGCUGUCGUCGUACUCUUAGCUGUGGUAGUAGUCUUUUUCGACGUGCUCGUGGAUUUGGCUGUGGAUUUGGCUGUGGUCGUACUUUUAGCUGUGGUGGUAGUCUUUUUAGACGUGCUCGUGCUCUUCGCUGUGGUGGUAGUCUUUUUCGAACUGCUCGUGGUUUUGGCUGUGCUCGUGGUUUUGGCCGUCGUCGUACUCUUAGCUGUGGUGGUAGUCUUUUUCGACGUGCUCGUACUCUUAGCAGUGCUCGUGCUUUUAGCUGUACUCGUAGCCUUGGUUAUACUGGUCGUGCUCUUCGUAGUGCUCUUUGCCGUACUAGUGGAGCUUUUCGUAGUGCUAGUACUCUUCGUCGUGCUCUUCGCUGUGCUAGCCUUCGUAGUACUCUUCGCCGUAGUAGUGGUACUCUUCGUAGUGCUCUUCGUAGUGCUCUUCGUAGUGCUCUUCGUCGUGCUAUAGAACUCUUCGUAGUACUCUUCGAACUAGUAGUCGUACUCUUCGUGGUACUGGUGGUGCUCCUGGUGGUGCCGGUACUCUUGGUGGUGCUGGUACUCUUGGUGGUGCUGGUACUCUUGGUGGUGCUGGUACUCUUCGUGGUGCUGGUGCUCUUCGUGGUGCUGGUGCUCUUCGUGGUACUGGUACUCUUCGUAGUGCUCUUAGUACUAGUUGUUGUACUUUUUGUGCUGCUACUACUUGUCGAAGUAGUAACGGCUCUUUUUACUCUCCUUGACUGAACAUCCUGAUCUAUCGUUGGCUGUUG